CUUUCCACCUCCGUCGCCAGUCAGCAGCUGUUUUGUGCGAAAACCAGGUCGAGGUGACGUUGUCACGUUUGGAACCGAUUAAAUUCUCUUUUUUUGGCAAAUAUCCUAUAGCAAAACGGUGCAAAAACACGCGACUAAGAUGUAAAUUAUGGGUUGGUGAUUGUCGCUGCGUUCACAAACGACAUGGAAGACAGCGGCAUAGAUAGCGGAGAUCAUAACGGAGAUGGGAAUCUGAAACAAACGCCCAGCGACAGCUCGAGCUCGGGGAGCGGCAGGUCGCCGGCCAGGAUGCCCUCGGCCGCGGCCGCCCGCCACAUGCAGAGGAAACUGGAGUCGCGCAUCGAAUGUGCCAAACGACACGCCGCAGACUUUAAUCAGACGCCAUCGCUCAUUCCUAUCCAGAGGCUUCCGAUACCGGGCGCGAAGGACCACCAGCCGCUGGUGCAGUGGGAUACAGACGAUAGUGAGGAAGACAUCGUGAAUUUCUUCCCCUUAUCCAGAAAGGAAUCCAGAAUGCACCAGGAACUGACAGACACCUUCAGCAUUGAGGAGAUGAGCAUAUCAGGCGAUGACGACGACGAAGACGACCUACAUUUAGUGCCACCGCAAACAGUAUAUAAGAGAUUCGAUUGUUGUCCGUUUAACUUUUGUGUUAUACUAUAAUCUAAUAUGUCACAUUUAAUAGAUAAAUACAUUUUUUAAUAGA